AUGACCAUCUCUUCAUCAAUGCAUUUACAAUAUCUGUAUAAUCAAUAUGCUACAACAUAUCUUUCAUUCAGUGAACUAUAUACAUAUGAAGUUGUUAUUCUGUUAAUAUAUGGUAUUAUGAUUAUCUUCUCCUUUUGUACCAAUUUCAUUGCUAUUGUUAUCUUUUUCUUCGGUCGUCGCUCUCGUUCUGAAUUAACACCAUUUCUAUUAAAUUUAUCUGUAUUUAAUAUAAUCAUGACUGUGUAUUGUAUUCCAUUUACAAUGACGUCAAUUAUAUUCCAACGAUGGCUGUUUGCAAGCACGUUAUGCACUGUUUUGGAUGGUUUAAAAACUUUCUCCGUCUCCGGCGUUCUACUAACAUUAAUAACCAUCGCUAUCGAUCGAUAUUGCGUUGUGAAAUAUCCGUCGAUGAUCAAAAUGUAUUCUCCGAAAAAACGAAAUUUGGUUGCAAUAUUGACCAUUUGGAUUUUAAGCAUCUUAUUAGCAAUAGCCUGGUCACCUGCUCGUUCGUCUCCGACACAGGAAAAACGUUUAUGGAUUAAUUCACGUACGUUAUUGAAUGAUUACAUGAAAUCACUCGAUAAUUACACCGACACUUCGAGAUCAAAUGAUUAUUUAGCAAAACUUGAAUAUAAAGUCAUCGACACAUUACAAUGUUUACCGAAUAAGAUCGCUCGACCGGUGGAAGUUCAACGAGCGAUAUUAAACUCUCUACAAACAUAUUUCUUCCCGUUAUUUAUACUUGGUUUUGUUUAUUUACGCAUCGCUGUCAUAUUAUGGCAACGCCGAAAUGACGUUAAUUAUGACCUGAAUAAUGGCGCAACAAAAAAUCUUUUCACAAAUGAAACAAUUCAAUUUAAAAAGAAAUUAAAACAGGGAAUCAAAAUGUUGAUUGCUGUUGUGGCACUCUAUGCUAUACUUUGGUUGCCGAUGAAUGUUUUCCAGUUAUGUUUGAAUCUCCUCUGCUUCACGGGAACCAAACAUCAGAAAUUUUGUGCACAUCCGACAUUAAUUAAACUUCUCUAUAUAGCUUGUCAUUUUCUCACAGUAUCAAAUACUGCACUCAAUCCGAUCAUUUACGGAUUCACAAACAAUCGAUUUCGAAGUGAUAUUCGACAGUUACGUCGCCGGUUAAUUCAUUGUCAAGCCCGAACACCGUCCUAUUUGCAAUCUCAGCCAUUGCGAACUGGAAAAGAUGUUCAAGAUCGUCCCCUUAAACAAAAGUGCACUCCGAACUUGACUGCAUCGAAAACGCCGCGCAUUCUUAUCCAACCAAAAUACCGACGACCGAUAUCUCUCAGUGAACAGAAUAGAGUACCGCGGCCAAUGUAUUCAUUUAAUUUAUCAACUAAAGACGUUAUGUUCUCGAGCGCACGCCAUACAACGUAA